AUGGCCGAAGCAACGUCAAGCAACAUUCAGGCUACUCCUGAACAGGGUAGAUCCUCUGCCUCGGAGCAGGGCCACGAGACAAAGUCCCCAGCGAUUGUCUUGUCAACCACCGUCCCGGAGGUUGAACCUGAUGUCAAGUCCAGCUCGAAAUGGCGUCGAUUUGCAAGCUUCUUCUGGGACUCUAUCGACGGCGACCCAGAGUACCGCAGCUAUGUUAGACGGCUAGACAUGAUCUUCUUUCCAACUGUUCUCCUCGGGUAUUUCAUUAAAUACUUGGACCAGACAAACUACAGUAAGCCAGCAAAUUCCCACCUUAGAAUAGGACGUGUUCUGAUAUAUCUACAAACAGGUAACGCAUUCGUCAGCGGAAUGCAAGAAGAUCUUCAGUUAUAUGGCAAUGAGCGCAACUGGCUCAAUACUUGGUUUAGUCUAGGCAUUAUGGUUGGAGCCGUGCCAGCACAGAUGACAUCUCUGAGCGUUGUCCGACCCUCCAUCCUAAUUCCGGUUUGCGAGGUGAUUUGGUCAGCCUUGGCAAUUGGUAUGGGUUUUACGCACAGCAUCAAAGUGGUAAGUAUACAAAUCGAGUUCACACUGUCGGUUUCAUGGGUGCUAACUGAGACUGAUAUAAAGAUGUAUGCUUUGCGUUUCCUGACCGGAUUGGCUGAGGCUUGUGCAUUCCCGGGUUAUAUCGCCAUGCUGGGAAGCUGGUAUGGUCCCAAAGAGCUUACCAAGCGACUUGCCAUCCUCCUUGAGGUUGAAUCAAUCGCCAGCAUGUUUAGUGGAUAUCUCCAGGCUGGCUUAUACAGUAGUAUGAACGGGCGUUCAGGGCUAGCAGGCUGGCGAUGGCUGUUCAUCAUGGAUGGAAUCAUCUCUCUGCCAAUUGCAUUUUGGGGAUUCUUCGGCUUGCCUGACCACCCUCACAACACCAAAGCGUUCUACUGGUCGAAAAAGUUACUAACGCAUUUGAACUUCCAGCAUAUUCAGUACGGUCUAGAAAGAAUCGAGAAGUUCGGGCAGACUCGUCAAAUAAAACUGAACUGGUCAGAGAUCAAGCGCAUCUACUCAGGAUGGGAGAUUUGGAUGUUCGUCGUCCCUUAUACGAUGGUGGCCGCAUGCCAUACUUCCACAAGUUAUUUCAAUUUGUGGUUAAAGCAUGAGGGAUACAGUGUCAUCGAGACCAACUACCUGCCGACUGGGGGUAACGCGCUCGCCAUUGUUGUAACUGUGGCCUGGGGCAUGAUUGCGGAUCGUACGAAGCAAUAUUUCUGGUUGAUUCUGGUUCUCCAGGUCUUAAUGAUCCUUGCGAACAUUCUGCUAUCUGUUUGGGAUAUCCCCAAGUCAGCCCUGAUGUUUUCAUAUUACAUCUCUUACGCUGGAUCGGCUGCCACCCCUGUGCUGAUUAGCUGGGCUUAUGGUCUCAACGCUGGGGACAAUAAUAGGAGGCAGCUGUUGGUUGCUACCGCUAAUGUCGUAUCAUACGCUUGGGUUCUCUGGGUGCCUCUUGUCCUUUUUCCAACCUAUGAUGCACCGAAAUACAAGUAUGGGUAUCAAAUUCUCAUCUUGUUUGGGGGCAUCGCCAUCAUAAGCAUUGUUUUAAUGAGGUAUCUCUAUGCGAGAAAAGAGUAA